AUGAAAAACGCGCGAUCUAAAUAUAUGUUAAGUCUUGUAUCAGAGCGUACACUUAAUAAAACUAAUAGUGCUAUGUCUGAAUCCACUGCGGUUAAUAAUGAAAAUAUGGAUAUUCCAGAAACCGGCACGGGCAAUCAUGAAGUUUUGGCAACGUCACCAGUGCCAGAAGGAGCUGAAAACAUUCAAAAAGACCUCUCCGAAGUAUGGGAAGACGUUUUUGGAUCUACUGAUGACAAGGUCACAGACAAUCAGCCACCCCAGUUAUGUCUUGUACAAAAUAAUGUAUCAGCUAAUGCUACCGACGCAUCGAGCUCUGUACCAGUUGCUGAAAAUUCUUUAACAGAUAACCAACAUUUUUCGCACAUGCUUGACAAUAACCAUGACCUAACGCCUUUUGCGCUUGAAGCACCGUCCAGCUUUCAAAACUCACCAGCUAUCAGCUUUAGCGAUCUCCCUUCAAUUCCGACACAUAACAUUAAUUCUACGCCUAUGCCUUCUCCUUUAAAUACUCAUAAAAAUUGCCAUGAUGCCUUUUGUCCAACUCAUGAUGAUGGACCCUGGACUAUGUCACCAUCAACUAGUAAUGCCUAUAGCCCUCCUAACUAUUACAAUGACGAUGAAGUCUCUACUCCACCAAAGAAAAGAUCUAAAAAACGGUUGCGACGUACAUCUGAGUGGUCCGACGUGAAACGUAAAUAUUUAAAAAACAUUGGUCAAAAAUAUGUCACGAAAAAAGGUAAGGUAGUGGACGAUAAAAUUUUAGGUGCUCCGUGUAAGUGCAGAUACCGAUGUUUUGAAAAAAUUACGCACGAUCAACGCUAUGCUUGUUUUCAAAAGUUUUGGCGUUUAGGAAACCGAGAAAAGCAAUGGGCGUUUGUUGUUAAAUAUUCUAAAAAACUACUGAAGAACAGAUGCUUGAAUCGCGAAGUGCCUAACAAUCGUAAAUUCACUUUUAAAUACUUCUUACCUGUUAUACCUGAGCACGAGCAAGGCCAUAGUGAAGUAGUCAAUGUCUGCAAAACAAUGUUUCUAAAUUCUCUCUCGGUUAGUGGCAAAAUAAUUAAAACAUCUUGGGAUAAAUACGACGGCAGUAUUAUUAUAGAGGAAGAUAAGAGAGGACGCCAUACUAACCACAAUCAGAUAAUAAAGCCUGACACGAUCAAGAGUGUGUGUGACCAUGUGCGAUCUUUUGCUCCCGUUGAAUCACACUACAUUCGCAAGAAUUCCACUAAGCUGUACCUGGAUGGCAGUUUAAACAUCUCAAAAAUGUUUAAACUUUACAAGGAUUGGUUUGAUAAUUCAGAUAAUAUAUAUUCUAGCAAAGCAGUUACUGAACGUCAGUAUCGGGAUAUCGUUAAUAAAAAUUUCAAUUUAGGGUUCUUUAUUCCCAAAAAAGACCAGUGUGACGUUUGUCAUAUUUUUCGCAACAAAAGCGAUCCCACUGAUCAAGAAAGAGAAGUAUACAAUACUCAUUUGUCGAAUAAAAAUGAAGCUCGUAAACUAAAAAAUAUUGACAAACGUGAUGCUGUUGAAUCCAAUGGUCAAAUUUUAACUGCUGUUUUUGAUUUUCAAAAAGUAUUAUCAUGUCCUCAUGGUCAAGUCAGUCUGUUUUAUUACAAGCGUAAAUUAUCUUGCUUGGAUUUUACAAUUUUUGAUAUGGGUGGAAAGAAAGCUUAUUGUUAUAUGUGGGACGAAACGGUUGCAAAGCGAGGAGCAAAUGAAGUUGGGAGUUGCUUAUUGGAUUUUAUAGACCAAAAUGCACGAAAUGGUGUUAAGGAAUUUCGCUUUUGGUCGGACAACUGCGCCGGGCAAAAUAGAAACCGUUUUGUGUUCUUUCUUUACACUUACUGUGCCAAGAAAUUUAACGUGUCAAUAAAACACAGAUUUCUGGAAAAAGGUCACACACAAAACGAGGGAGAUAGCGUACAUGCUCUCAUAGAAAGAGAAGCUGCAAAUACAACUAUAUAUACUCCGGACGAAUGGCGUUUGCUUGUGCGUUGGGCUAAAAGUACAGGAAAACCGUAUGAAGUCCGGAACAUGACAAGAAAUAAUUUCUUUGAUUUAAAAUCUUACGUGAAUAAUAAGAUAUGGAGUAAAAACACAGAAGGGGUUAAAGUGACGUGGAACUGUGUGAAACAAGUAUUUGUGGAUAAAUCAGAACCUAACAAGCUAUUGUAUAAAUGUGAGCAUACAGGCACCGAGUAUAAAACUGUUACUAUAUCUUCAAAUACCCGCCGUAAUGCUGUAUCUUCUUUACCGACUUUAGAAAUAGCUUAUAAAAUUCCACUCAAGUUAUCCAAAGACAAACAUAAGGAUCUCAUUAGUUUAGUUAAUUUAGGAAUUAUACCGUCUCAAUAUGCAGAUUUCUUUAGAUCUUUACCGUGGAAUAACAAUGAAAAUAAUGAUAUUGUUAGUAGCGAUAGUGAAGAAUAA